GAAAUCAACCAGAGAUACCGGUGGGAUGGUCCCACGAUGCCAGGUUCAAGUAUUGUGUUUUGUAAAACGUGCUGAAAUAGCAGGAAUUCACUCAGAGACCAUUUCUGUGCCACGAGAAAUAAAAGCGUUGCAUCUUUGGAAUGAGAUAGAAACGCGACAUCCUGAAUUGGCUGAUAUUAGAAAUCAAGUGAUAUUUGCUGUUCGUCAAGAAUAUGUCAAGCUUGGAGAUCAACUCCUCCAGCUUCAAUCAGGAGAUGAAAUUGUCAUUAUCCCUCCCAUUAGUAGAGGUUAGUGCUUUUGAGCCACCUGGGAAAUAUAUGAAUGAAGUUGAAGAGAAAUCUAUAGAUAUAAUAAAAUUCACUGCAGACAAACUCUCAGUCAAUGAAGUCUCACAGUUGGUGAUUUCUCCACUCUGUGGUGCAAUAUCCCUAU